UCGCUACAAAUCCGCAUUCAAGACGCAGUACGGACAUUUUGAGUGGGUGGUCAUGCCUUUUGGCCUCACCAACGCCCCGACGACCUUUCAAGCGGCAAUGACCAACGAGUUCCGUGCAAUGUUGGACCGGUUCGUGCUGGUCUACUUAAACGAUAUUCUUGUCUAUAGCCGGACAUUGGAGGAUCAUCUUGGGCAUCUUCGACGAGUGUUGGAGACGCCCCGCCGUGCCAAGUACAAGGCCAACCGCGACAAGUGCGAAUUUGUCCGGCAAGAGCUGGAAUACUUGGGCCAUUUUGUCACACGGGAAGGCAUCAGUCCGUUAUUGGACAAGAUUCAAGCCAUCCAAGAGUGGCCGGAGCCUCGGAAUGUCACGGAUGUCUGUUCAUUCUUUGGCCUCGCCGCCUACUAUCAGCGUUUCAUCAAAGGCUACUCGAAGAUCGCGGCCCACUUGACCAAGCUUCAAUGCGAGGAUCGGCCGUUUGACUUCGGAGAGGAGGCGCGGGAAUCAUUUUUGGCUCUCAAAACCGCGCUAUUAUCUGCGGAGGUCUUGCGCAUAUACGACCCGCUUUUGCCUACGCGCGUCACUACGGAUGCAUUCGGCUAUGGCAUUGGUGCCGUCCUCGAGCAACACGAUCGCGUGGACUGGCACCCGGUCGAAUAUUUCAGCAAGGAAGUGCCCAUCGUGCACUCCAUUGACGAUGCACGCAAGAAGGAGCUCCUCGCCUUCGUCCACCCGCUCAAGCGGUGGCGGCACUUCCUCCUUGGUCGAAGCCAAUUCCGAUGGGUAACGGAGAACAAUCCGUUGGUCUUCUAUAAGACCCAAGACACCGUCAACAGCACCAUCGCUCGAUGGAUGACUUUCAUCGACCAGUUUGACUUCUUUCCUUAUCACAUUCCCGGGAAGUUGAACCGUUUUGCGGAUGCUCUUUCACGGCGUCCGAAUCAUUGUCCUGCGGUCUACUCAACCUUCGAGGUCGACGACAACCUGCGGAACAGCUUUAUCCGCGGCUACCAAGCCGACUCCGAGUUUUGCGACAAGUACGAUAAUUGCUCCUCUCCUAAUCCGGCGCCUUCUCACUACCGGAUCGAAGAGGGCCAACAGUCUCCUCUCACACCAGAGGAUUAUGAGAUCCUCCAGGCGGAAGCUCUUCAUAAUGAACUACAACAGCAGUUGAGGGAUGCAACAGAGAGAAGGCAAAGGGCGAUAUUGAGAAAAGCUAGGCUAGGAACCUGGAGGCUGGAGUUAGGGAAGUUUGAAGCACUAGAUGAGUCAGCACUGGAUCCUGCAAUGCAAGCGCUGAGUCGCUCGCUCCUUUGCGUGGCAGAAACGCAAGUUGUCCAGCAGGAAGUGCUGGCUGAACUAGUGGUCGACCAGAACCGAAUUUUGGCUGCUCUGCAGGCUCCUCGUCCCAUGAUGAGGCAGCCUCGGUAUUUUGUAGCUCCCCCUUCGGUUGCGGGUCCCACAGUGACGCCGUGGUCGCUAGGGCCCUCUUUCUCUCCUAUGUUUGGCAUCUCUCCUUCCUGUGGCUUAGCAAAAGUUAGUGGUCCGGUUCUCGGUACUUCUCCAGUACCAUCAAUGACGGUGGCAGCUACAGUCCCAUCGUCAGGACAGGCUCAGUGCGAGCCGAAUUGCCAUGCAAAAAUUCUGGAGGUUGAUGGUCAGAACCGCAUCAUUCUCGUCGCAAGGAAAGACAUAUCCAGUGGUGAAGAGCUAACGUAUGAUUACCGGUUUGAUGAGGAGGACCAGAAUAAAGUCCCAUGCCGGUGCGGAGCGCGCAACUGUCGUCAGUUCAUGAACUAGUUGGUGAUUGCUUUUUGUUUCUGCAAUAUGGCGCCGCCUGACGGCCUGCUAUGUGAACUGCCUGCUAGGUCUUGUGUGUGGCUGGAAUCUUCAUGCAGCCGGAACAGGGCAAAAUGAAUGCACAUAUAUAGCAGCCGCUGUGACCAAUGGAGGCUUCAAUUGGUUUAAAAUUCUGAAGUUAAAAAGGGCCUCUUCAAGUUCUUUUUAUCCUAUCUUGUUUGUUUAUUGAAUUCUUAAUUCACAGGUAGGUACAAUGUAUAGCGUACGUCCAGCCAUGCAGAAGGCUGUGGAGUGUGAUGUACACAUACACAUACGGAACCUGCAGUUGUCACUGGAGGCUUGAGCUCCCAACUUCUGAAGUUCGAAGAGGCUCUUCAGGUUCAUUUCAUCCUAUGUUGUUAGCAAAUCUUGAAGGGACAGGCCAGUUCAAUGUACGCAUUGCACGACAUACAUUCAACCCAUGCAGAAGGCUUAAGAGUGCGGGGAUGGGAGAUCAGAAGGGUGAUUCACAUACCCAGCCCAUAUGGCUGAAUGGUACACACAUGUAACUUUUAAUAAUCAGGUCAUGAGUUCGAACCCCGAUUCAAUCGAGCGGAUGCCAUGAGGUUAGGGCGUACCUCCUUGGAAGGAAAAACGAAAACAAGAAAAGGGCCCAUCACAUCACAUUCAUUUGUCAUCCGAUAACAUGCAUCCGCGAUGAUUUUGAUGACAUGCUAACCGCCCGCGAAAUGCAAUAGCCUGGCAUUUGUGAGAGGGAACGGAGUUGAUUUUACCUGUGUGGGAACGACUGCAUCAUAAGAUAUUCUUGAUUCUAUGGUCGUCAACAGCUUCAGGGAUGCAUUGAUGCCCUCAGCGGAGUGAAGUAAGGAGAUAUAGUUGUGAGUGUGACAGCUUUCGGAGUUGAUUUCUGCGGCAGGGUUAUAUAUCCUUAGCAUGGCACUCCGGGCGCUGUCUGCAACAAGCAAGUUGCAUGUGGCAGUCUGUCAAGGUCUUUGGCAUCACAGCAGGCAGGAGUCAAUGUCCACCUCUCAUAGGGCAUCAACAAUGUUCCCCCCAGGGUUUCAAACCUUCGACCAUUUGCAUCCCUUCCCAAAAUCCUCUGAGCUGAUGAUGUACUGGGGAACUUGUAAUAGCAUUCUGUGCGUUUUGUCUGUUUCUUGUCGUUCAUUCGCCUCAGACCAAUAUAGAGGUUCCUGUUCUCUGAAUGAAUCUGGGGAUGCACGGCAGGAUAGAUAGGUGCACAGCUGACUGGCUGGGUGGCUAGCUGGCUGAUCAGAUGGAUGGAUAGACGGCUUGGUGGAUGGAUUUUGCACCAUGACGUUUGCGAAGAUGGCUCUUAUUAGCGUUAUGCAGAAAUGGCCAGCAUGUUAUAUGUUAGACUCAUCUACCCUCUUUUUCUGAUUUUUGGAGGUGCGAUGGCAUGUUAUUUGUUCAAGGGGCAAGCGACAGACUUCUGGCGCAAAUUUUCUGCAUCAUAUGGGGAGCAUACAGUAGACUGGUAGGUGUGCUAUCCAUUGGAUACGUUGUGUUGAUACCAAGAAGGAAAACACAACCUAGUAAAUAUUUUAGCAACAG